ACCGCUGGCACUAGGUCAGACAUUGGAUCGUCUGGCUGGACAGCGGGCAUCGGGUCACCAGGCAUCAGGUCAUUUGGCUUGACAGCGGGCACCGUGUCAUCUGGCAAGGCAGUGGGCUCGAGUCAACUGGCAUCAGGUCAUUUGGCUCGACCGCGGGCACCGCGUCAUCUGGCAAGGCAGUGGGCUCCGAGUCAAACUGGUAUGACCGCGGGCACUGGGUCAGACAUUGGAUCGUCUGACUGGACAGCGGGCAUCGGGUCACCAGGCAUCAAGUCAUUUUGGCUUGACAGCGAGCACACGCGUCAUCUGGCAAAGGCAGUGGGUUCCGAGUCAACUGGCAUGACCGCGGGCACUGGGGCAGACAUUGAAUCGUCUGGCUGGACAGCGGGCAUCGGGUCACCAGGCAUCAGGUCAUUUGGCUCGACAGCGGGCACCGCGUCAUCUGGCAAGGCAGUGGGCUCCGAGUCAACAGGCACGACAGUGGGCACCGAGUCAUCAGGUACCGGAUUGUCUGGCUCGACAGCAGGC